GUUUUUCCUGUUGGAGAAGGGAAGGGGGAGCUGUUCUCUCUCUCUCUCUCCUCUCGCAGUAUAUUUUUUCUCCUCCUCCUUCUCCUCCUCCUCCUCCUCCUCCUCCCCGGCUAUCUUUGUCUGGCUCGCAGCACCCCGCUCCAGCCCCGCGCCCCUGCCCCGCCGCCGCCGGGACGCGCAGCCCCUGCCCGCCGGUGCCCGGCGCCGUUUGAUGCGAGGGCAGCGCCGCGGGAAGGGCUCGGAGGCGGCGGGGGCACCGCCGCGACGCUGGGCGUGAGCCGCCCCCCCAUGCGAGAGCGGGGCCGCGGCUGCCACUGCCGGCUCCCGGCGUGAGCGCCGCCGGCCGGGCCGAGCCGUGCCGUGCCGUGCCAUGCCCGGGUGCGGGGCGCAUCGUGAGGCUGCCAGAGGCUGCCGGCACCGGCGCCGCUCCUGCCGCCGCCGCGGCGACAUGGUGUGAGCCCGCUGCCGCCGGGGACGCGCGGGCAGCCACCGACUCACCCGCUCACCCACCGACCGGCCGGCCGGGAUCCUCGGGGGGAUCCAGCCCCGCACUGCAGCGCGGGGAGACGGACGGACGGACAAACCGCAGCACCCCUUCUCCUUCUUCCUUCCCUUCCUUCACCUCCCUUUCUCUCCUCCUCUUCCCACCAUCCAUCUAUCUAUCCAUCAUCCCCCCCGCCAACCCCUCCCAAUGCUGAAGAGUUUCAACCCGGCGGGGCUGGAGUGAAGAAGGGAAGGGCGGAAGGGAGGAGAGGAGCGGAGCUCCGCGCAAUUCACAGCUGCUCCAGGGAGGGAGGAGCGGCCUCGCUAUUAUUUAACAGAGAAGAAAAAAAUAUUUAAAGAAAAAAAAAAAAAGAAGAGACGGGAAAAUGGCGAACGAUUCUCCUGCAAAAAGUCUGGUGGAUAUCGACCUUUCCUCCCUGCGGGACCCCGCUGGGAUUUUUGAACUGGUGGAAGUGGUUGGCAAUGGCACGUACGGGCAAGUCUACAAGGGUCGCCAUGUCAAAACGGGUCAGCUGGCGGCCAUCAAGGUCAUGGAUGUUACUGAGGAUGAAGAAGAAGAAAUUAAACUGGAGAUUAAUAUGCUAAAGAAAUAUUCUCAUCAUAGAAAUAUUGCAACUUAUUAUGGUGCUUUCAUUAAGAAAAGUCCUCCAGGACAUGAUGACCAACUGUGGCUUGUUAUGGAGUUUUGUGGAGCUGGCUCCAUCACAGACCUUGUGAAGAACACAAAAGGGAAUACCCUGAAAGAAGACUGGAUAGCCUAUAUCUCCAGGGAGAUUCUCCGGGGGUUGGCACAUCUUCAUGCCCAUCAUGUGAUUCACAGGGAUAUCAAAGGGCAAAAUGUGUUAUUAACAGAGAAUGCAGAAGUGAAACUUGUGGAUUUUGGUGUGAGUGCUCAGCUGGACAGGACAGUUGGCAGGAGAAACACUUUUAUUGGGACUCCCUACUGGAUGGCUCCAGAAGUUAUUGCCUGUGAUGAGAAUCCAGAUGCUACGUAUGAUUACAGAAGUGACCUUUGGUCCUGCGGCAUUACGGCCAUAGAGAUGGCAGAAGGAGCUCCCCCACUUUGUGACAUGCACCCCAUGAGGGCACUCUUUCUGAUACCCAGGAACCCUCCCCCACGGUUAAAAUCCAAGAAAUGGUCGAAAAAGUUUUUCAGCUUUAUAGAAGGUUGUCUAGUGAAGAAUUACAUGCAGAGACCUUCUACAGAACAGCUGUUGAAGCAUCCCUUUAUACGUGACCAGCCAAAUGAAAGGCAAGUCCGAAUCCAGCUUAAGGACCAUAUAGACAGGACCAGGAAGAAGAGAGGAGAAAAAGAUGAGACGGAGUAUGAAUAUAGUGGAAGUGAGGAAGAAGAGGAGGAAGUGCCUGAACAAGAAGGAGAGCCAAGUUCCAUUGUCAAUGUGCCUGGAGAAUCAACCCUCCGACGUGAUUUCCUGAGACUGCAGCAGGAGAACAAGGAACGGUCCGAGGCCCUUCGGAGGCAGCAGCUGCUGCAGGAGCAGCAGCUCCGUGAGCAGGAGGAGUACAAGAGGCAGCUGCUGGCAGAGAGGCAGAAACGCAUUGAGCAGCAGAAGGAGCAGAGGAGGCGGCUGGAAGAGCAACAAAGAAGAGAAAGGGAAGCUCGAAGGCAACAAGAGCGUGAGCAAAGGCGGAGAGAACAGGAGGAAAAAAGACGUCUGGAAGAAAUGGAGAGGAGGCGUAAGGAGGAGGAAGAGAGAAGAAGAGCAGAGGAGGAAAAGAGGAGGGUAGAAAGGGAGCAGGAGUAUAUCAGGCGACAGCUAGAAGAGGAGCAGCGGCACUUGGAAAUUCUACAGCAGCAGCUGCUCCAGGAGCAGGCCAUGUUACUGGAAUACAGAUGGCGAGAGAUGGAGGAGCACCGGCAGGCAGAGCGACUCCAGCGGCAGCUGCAGCAGGAGCAAGCCUACCUCCUGUCGCUGCAGCACGACCACAGGCGGCAGCAGCAGCAGCAGCAACAGCAGCAGCAGCAGCAGCAAGAAAGAAAUAAACAAAGCUAUCAUACCCCUGAGCCUAAGUCCCACUAUGAGCCUGCUGAAAGAGCACGUGAGGUGGAGGAGAGAUUUAGAAAAACUAAUCAGGGCUCCCCUGAAGCACAGUCUAAACAGAUGGGCAAAGUGUUGGAGCCACCAGUGCCUUCAAGAUCAGAGUCCUUUUCCAAUGGAAACUCAGAACCUGCUCAGCCUGCCCUGCAGAGGCCAAUGGAGCCCCAGGUACAGUGGUCCCAUCUGGCAUCUCUCAAGAACAAUGUUUCCCCUGUCUCGCGAUCCCAUUCCUUCAGUGACCCUUCUCCCAAAUUUGCUCAUCACCAUCUUCGUUCCCAGGACCCAUAUCCACCUUCACGCAGUGAAGUGCUUAAUCAGAGUUCUGACUCUAAGUCGGAGGUACCCGACCCCACCCAAAAGGCUUGGGCUAGAUCAGACAGUGACGAGGUGCCUCCAAGGGUACCUGUGAGAACAACGUCCCGAUCACCAGUCCUGUCCCGCCGUGAUUCCCCACUGCAGGGCACUGGGCAGCAAAAUAACCAAGCAGGUCAAAGGAAUUCCACGAGCAAUAUAGAGCCUCGUCUGCUGUGGGAAAGGGUGGAGAAGCUUGUACCAAGGCCAGGCAGUGGCAGUUCUUCUGGCUCAAGCAACUCUGGCUCACAACCUGGCUCCCACCCUGGCUCUCAGAGUGGGUCUGGAGAGCGGUUCAGGAUGAGAUCAUCAUCCAAAUCAGAGGGUUCGCCAUCACAGCGCCAUGAAAGUGCACCUAAAAAGCCUGAAGAGAAAAAGGAAGUCUUCAGACCUAUCAAGCCUGCUGAUUUAACUGCACUGGCGAAGGAGCUGCGAGCAGUGGAGGAUGUGCGACCUCCACAUAAAGUAACCGAUUACUCAUCCUCGAGUGAGGAGUCAGGGACAACAGAUGAGGAAGAUGAUGAUAUGGAACAAGAAGGAGCAGAUGAAUCUACUUCUGGACCAGAUGAUGUCCGAGCAGUGUCAACGUUGAACUUGAGCAAUGGUGAAACAGAGUCAGUAAAAACCAUGAUUGUCCAUGAUGAUGUGGAGAGUGAACCUGCCUUGACUCCUUCUAAGGAGGGCACCUUAAUUGUUCGACAGAGUACAGUUGACAAAAAGCGUGCCAGCCAUCAUGAGAGCAAUGGCUUUGCCGGUCGCAUUCACCUCUUGCCAGAUCUCUUACAGCAAAGCCAUUCCUCCUCCACUUCCUCCACCUCCUCCUCCCCAUCCUCCAGCCAGCCGACACCCACCAUGUCCCCACAGACACCCCAGGACAAGCUAACUACUAAUGAGACUCAGUCCGCUAGUAACACACUCCAGAAACACAAAUCUUCCUCCUCCUUUACACCUUUUAUAGACCCCAGAUUACUACAGAUUUCUCCAUCUAGUGGGACAACUGUGACUUCUGUGGUAGGAUUUUCUAGUGAAGCAAUGAGAUCAGAGGCAAUAAGGCAAGACCCUACACGGAAAGGAUCAGUUGUCAAUGUGAACCCCACAAACACACGGCCACAGAGCGACACCCCAGAAAUUCGCAAAUACAAGAAGAGAUUCAAUUCUGAGAUCCUGUGUGCGGCCUUAUGGGGAGUGAACUUGUUGGUGGGCACUGAAAGUGGUCUGAUGCUGCUAGACAGAAGUGGGCAGGGGAAGGUUUAUCCACUCAUCAAUCGAAGACGAUUCCAGCAAAUGGAUGUACUUGAAGGGCUGAAUGUCUUGGUGACAAUUUCUGGUAAGAAGAACAAGUUGCGAGUUUACUAUUUGUCAUGGUUAAGAAAUAAAAUCCUGCACAAUGAUCCUGAGGUAGAAAAGAAACAGGGCUGGACUACGGUGGGCGACUUGGAAGGCUGUGUGCACUAUAAAGUUGUAAAAUAUGAAAGAAUCAAGUUCUUGGUAAUUGCAUUGAAGAGUUCUGUGGAAGUCUAUGCAUGGGCACCAAAGCCAUACCAUAAAUUUAUGGCCUUUAAGUCAUUUGGAGAACUGGUACAUAAGCCAUUGCUGGUGGAUCUCACUGUAGAAGAGGGUCAGAGACUAAAAGUGAUCUAUGGCUCCUGCGCUGGCUUCCAUGCUGUGGAUGUGGAUUCAGGAUCGGUCUAUGAUAUUUAUCUACCAACACAUAUCCAGAGCAGUAUCCAACCUCACGCAAUCAUCAUCCUCCCAAACACGGAUGGGAUGGAGCUGCUGGUCUGCUACGAGGAUGAAGGAGUUUAUGUCAACACAUAUGGAAGGAUAACCAAGGAUGUGGUUCUGCAGUGGGGAGAAAUGCCAACUUCAGUUGCAUACAUCCGAUCUAACCAGAUCAUGGGCUGGGGAGAAAAAGCAAUCGAAAUACGGUCGGUGGAAACUGGACACUUGGAUGGUGUGUUCAUGCACAAAAGGGCACAGAGACUCAAAUUCUUAUGUGAACGCAACGACAAGGUUUUCUUUGCCUCCGUGCGGUCAGGUGGAAGCAGUCAAGUCUAUUUCAUGACCCUUGGCAGGACUUCACUUCUGAGCUGGUAGAAGCAGUGGGAUUUGGAGAGGAAUUGCUGACAUCCAGAGUCUGAGAUCUUCAUAACUUGGAAUUAUUUUCAACUGGAGUACAGACCUGCACGAGUGCAGCACUCUGUGUAAAUGUGUGUGCAGGCAUCACUGGUGUUAGGUUUCUUUAUGUUUUUCAACUGAGGCUGCGAGGCAGCUGGUGCUGUAAAGAUAUUGCCAUCAGGUGCUACAAUGUCUUGGAGAUUUGGGAUCACGCUAGAAAGCUACAGGUCUUCUUUUCCCUUCAGCUCCAGUGUUCCUAGGAUUUGAAGGACUCUGUUUGUUAGUGUUAAAACAGAGGAGGGGGGAGAAAAGGAAGAAAAACAAACCAGGCUUACCAUGACCAUGCUGUUUGUUGAGUGGACAGGAGGCAGGCAAGAGAAGGUGAGAAGUGGUGUAGAGAGUCAGACUGGCUGAAACAGAGGGCAGAUCUAGUCUAGUAAUGUUAACAAUGUAUUUAAUUGACAUUUCUUUUUUGUAAUGUGACAAUAUGUGGACAAAGAGGAAGGUGCAGGUUUUAAGAAGUUAAUAUUUAUAAAAUGUGAAAGACACAGUGACUAGGAUAACUUCUUUUUGGGGACAGGGAGGGUGGGAAGGGGCUUGGGGUGGAAUUCUUAGGGGUUUUUUGUUUCUGCAGUUUUAUUUUGGCCUGGCCAAUAACUUUAGUCAUUUUCUGUGUACCAGGUGUUGCCUGAAACAUGUGCAGGUGAUUAAAAAAAAAAAAAAGGAAAAAAAAUUUCAUUUUCUAUAAUGAUUCUGUGUUAGGCCAGAACUUGGUUAUGUCACAGUAUUAGCACUGCCUCAGUUAAAGGUUUAAUUUUUGUUUAAACCUAGAAGUGCAACAACAGUUUUACCACAGUCUGCACUCGCAGAACUAAAAAAAAAAAGAAAAAAAAAGAAAAAAAAGAGAAAUAAAAUCCAAACUACA